GUACCAGGAGUGAAGCAGGUGGAGGGGGUAGAGGAGGAGGGGCAGCUGUCAGUGUCCCAGAUGGAGGCAGAGUUUGUCCAGCUGACCUUCAGAAAGCAGGUGUCCUACAGUCUCCAGAUUGUGCCGCUCUAUCUCCCGGCUCCAGUCCAUCUCGUAUCUCCUGAGUGUGCCGCUCCGAAUCCUGGCUCCCGUCUGUCUCCUGUGUCCGGAGCUCCUGUGUGUUCCCCGUCUUCGGUGUGUGGCGCCCCAGUGCCCACACACCUCUGCCAUCAAAGACCGGACCACGAAAAACAACUAUACACAGCAUGAGUACCUCGGAUCCAGUACAGGAGUUAUUGGAGAUUCUACGCCGGGGUCUCAUCGCUUCCUCACCAUCUACCUCCACCUCCGAUGCUUCCGCUUCCGCUCCGGUCACUCCAGCAGUUCCGCCAUGUCCCAGUCCCAUGGCCAAACCAGCGCCAUUCUCUGGCCUGGCGGAGGACUGCAAUGGAUUUAUUCUACAAUGUUCCCUGGUCCUGGAGAUGCAAUCUUCCUUGUAUCCCACUGAGCGCUCCAAAGUGGCUUUCGUCAUCUCUCAGCUACAGGGGAGAGCGUUGCAGUGGGCCGAGUCUAUCUGGUCCCAAGACGGUUCUGUCACUCAAUCCCUGAUGAGUUUCCUGGAGCACUUCCGCGAGGUGUUCGGAAGACCAGCUGGAGACUCCUCGGCCGGAGAAAAGUUAUAUCAACUAAAACAAGGUCAGCGGUCGAUCCAGGACUACGCCCUGGAAUUCCGAACCCUCGCGGCAGCCAGUGGAUGGAACGAGCAGUCCCUGAUCACCACCUUCCAUCAGGGAUUGGAACCCCGGGUAAGAUUGCAUCUCGCUGCAUACGAGGACACCAUCGGCCUCGAACGGUUUAUCCAGUUAGCCAUCUGGGUGGCUACUCGUAUGCAGACGUGUUUCUCAGAACACCAGGACCAGCCAUCACUCACGCGCAACCUCCGUCAGCCAGAGAAACUCCGCCCUCCAGAACCAGAACCCGAACCCAUGCAGUUGGACUCCUACCGACUAACCUCGACGGAGCGGCAGAGACGGCUGACCCGAGGAUUGUGCUUGUACUGUGGAGCUUCUGGACAUAAUAGGGCCACCUGUCCAGUGAGACCACCACGUCCCAUGGUGAGUGUAAUUCUUCCUAGUCUCCCAUGCAGUAAACCCCUGUCUACCGAAAUAACUCUGGUGACCCAAAAUUUUUCCAUUCCAGUACAAGCCCUCAUUGAUUCCGGGUCAGCCGGCAAUUUCAUCUCCGGUUCCCUCUGCCGUCAACUCGGCAUCAAGACAUUCAUCACACCCACCAGUUACCAGGUCCGAGCCAUACCUGGGAAAGCCAUCAGUCGCCGCGGCAUUCAGAGGGCUACCUAUGCUGUCACCAUCCGGGUAGGCCUGCUGCAUGAGGAACAACAGCACUUAAUGGUUCUGGAGGGUUCAACUGCAGAGGUAAUCUUAGGGCGCCCAUGGUUGGAACAACAUGACCCCAUCAUUUCCUGGGCUACAGGUGAAGUACUGAAAUGGGGUAAGUCCUGUUUCCCUGGCUGUUUCCCUCGUCGACCCAAACCAUCGUCAUCCCACCUUCAUAGGCUUCACUUGUGCACCACCUCCAUCGAAAGUCCCAGAGAGAAGCAGUCAGUGGAAAUCCCACCAUGCUACGCCGCCUAUAAGGAUGCCAAUGGAACCCUCUCGCUGCUACGGGAACGCUUCUGGUGGCCAAGCAUGGCAAGGGAUGUGAGAAGGUACGUCCAGGGUUGUACUGAAUGUGCCAUGUCUAAAUCUCCACGUCAUCUUCCCGCAGGCAAACUAUGUCCCCUGGCGACGCCCAAUAGACCCUGGUCACACCUAGGAGUGGACUUCAUCACAGAUCUCCCUCCUUCAGACAACAACACCUGUGUCCUUGUGGCCGUGGACCGGUUCUCGAAGUCCUGCCGCCUCAUCCCACUUCGAGGACUACCCACGGCUAUGGAAACAGCUAAGUGCAUCUUUAACCAUGUCUUUCGAUACUACGGAUUACCGGAGGAUAUAGUUUCAGAUCGAGGACCACAAUUCAUCUCCCGGUUCUGGAAAGCCUUCUUUUCACUCCUGGGUGUGACUGUCAGCCUCUCCUCUGGCUAUCAUCCCCAAAGCAACGGUCAGACGGAGAGGAAGAUUCAGGACAUUGGGCGUUUUCUACGUACCUUCUGCCAUGACCACCAGGACUCUUGGAACCAGUUCCUGGGCUGGGCCGAGUACGCCCAGAACUCUCUGCGUCAACCAUCCACUGGACUCACUCCCUUCCAGUGCGUACUCGGUUACCAGCCCCCUCUCUUCCCAUGGUCUGGGGAACCCUUGGAAGUUCCUGCCGUGGACCACUGGUUCCGAGAGAGCGAGAGGGUCUGGGACGCAGCUCAUCAUCAACUCCGGAGGGCACUCUGCAGGCGCAGGCUGACGGCCAAUCAUAGGAGAUCCACCACUCCUAGAUACCUGCCCGGCCAGAAGGUCUGGUUAUCCACCCGUGACAUCAGGAUGCGCCUGCCCUGCAGAAAGCUAAGUCCCAGAUUCAUUGGCCCCUUUACCAUAAUCGAACAAAUCAACCCUGUCACAUAUAAACUCCAGUUACCAGCCCAGUACAAGAUCCAUCCUACUUUCCAUGUCUCACUACUUAAACCGUUUUAUCCUUCUGUUCCUGUCUCCACAGAGCCUGGCGAAACGACAGAUACCCCCUUACCGCUUCUCUUAGAGGAUGGUACCGCUUACCAGGUCCGCGAGAUCUUGGACUCCCGACGCCGUGGUGGCCUUCUGGAAUAUCUGGUGGAUUGGGAGGGGUACGGUCCAGAGGAGAGGUCAUGGGUUCCCCGACAUGACAUUCUCGACCCUUCUCUUCUGACAGAAUUCCACGCUGACCAUCCGGAUCGUCCAGCCCCCCGAGGAAGAGGACGGCCGCCACGACGUCGGGGUCCCCGGUCCUCAGGAGCGGACCGUGAGGGGGGGGGUACUGUUACAGACACGCCAGGCUCCACCUCAUCACAGCCACACCGCACUCCCUCACCGGAAUACUAAUUCCCAACACCUGUCACCCAUCACACACCUGCACUUAAUCAGCCACUCUACUCCCUAUAAAACCCAGCUCCUCACCUCAGUCAGUGUCCGGUCUCGUUUAUACUAAGGACAGAUCAGAGCAGUCUUCCUGUAUAUGCUUCACGGACUCACCACUACGAUUAUUGGAUCUUUCUCCUGAGAACUCUGAACCCCAGCUUCUGUCGAUCUACAGUCUCCAGAUUGUGCCGCUCUAUCUCCCGGCUCCAGUCCAUCUCGUAUCUCCUGAGUGUGCCGCUCCGAAUCCUGGCUCCCGUCUGUCUCCUGUGUCCGGAGCUCCUGUGUGUUCCCCGUCUUCGGUGUGUGGCGCCCCAGUGCCCACACACCUCUGCCAUCAGUAAGAGAAAGGACAGUAUCUAUUCUUCUUUAUAAUACUUCUGUGUUUGCAAUAAACUCUCAGUAUCCUUACCACUCACCUCCGGUUGUUCUGUCCGUAACAGCUACAAUGUGCUUUCACGUGUGCAUUUUAGUCAGUCCGUUGUGCUGCCCUGUAUAAAUGAGCACAAGCUGCAGUUGUUCAGGGAUUAUCAACAGGUCUUACAAUGGAGCAUUACUGACAUUUGUGUUAUUUAUUUGUUCAUAUUGACAAUAUGCCAGUAUUUGAGUGCCUUAACUCUUACAGUAAGAAUUAUGGCCAAACUGUUGAAUGUUAAAAUAUUUCACAAUAAAUGACAAAAAUAUUAUUUUCUACAUUUUUUUGUUUUCCCAGCUGUACCGAAAACGUACCGAACCAUUACCCCAAAACUGAGGUACAUAAGUACGAACCAUGAAUUCUAUGUACCCUUACACCCCUAUCUGUGUCAAAAAUACUUUUUAGGCUGCAGGAGAUUUUUUUAGUUGCUGUACCGUGGCCAAUAGGGCAAAUUGGGAGCAAGGCUGAUGACUAAUGCACUGUAUCCAGCUCUGUUAACUACCACGUGUCUUUUGGGAAACAAAAUCACUGUAGAAGUAAAUGGACUGUAUUUAUGUAGUGCUUUUAUUCCUUAACGGACAAAGCGCUUUACAGUUUUUCUCAUUCACCCAUUCACACUCACUCUCACUUGCUCAAGGACACUUUGACAUGUGGACAGGAGGAGCUGGGGAUCAAACCCUCAACCUAGUGAUUAAUGGAUGAUCCGCCCCAAGUAGAAGUGGAAGAAGCAGGUUGAGGCAAACAUCACAUCAAUGGAAAUUAGAAUAAGUGGACCCCAGUAUGGGACAGAUGGGUUUUCUACCAGUAUGACGACAGUAUGACAUAAAUCAUAUAUACAUCCUCCCUCACAAUAAAGCAUGUCAGAGCCUUAUAGAGGUGUACAGUGAGAAAAGCUAGCUCUCAUUGCAUUGCUACAGAUAGCUAGAAGGCUUGGUCUCACCCCAGUGGAGCAAAACCACAUUGCUGUAGAACACUCUUUAUGUCUGUGUUGUGUAUUUGCAUAGUGUUCCAUUAUUUUUCAUGUAAAUAUUUAACCCAACAGCACAGAGCUCUGGAUAGUCUCACACUCACACACACACACACACACACACACACACAGACAAAACCUAUUUAUUCUUUCCAUGAAGUGCACCCAGGCAGUCCACCUGAGCUGGUUGCCCAUUCAACAGAAGUCUUACACUCUUUUGAACCUAAGAAGUAUUCCUGUAACAGAAGUAUUCCUGUAAGUCCAAAAUCAAUGUCUUUUUCCUCUUAGCUUUCUUACACUUAGUUAAUCUUGUUAUUCCACCACAAGAGCUGUCAGGGAGGAAGUUGGUGAAGAUGGUUGAGCAUACAGUGUUCUCAUGCCAUCUCUUACUACCAGUCAAUGUUUUUUUUAAAAGCAUGUUUUUUAAAGAUUGUUCCAUAACCUUAACCACAUGUUUAUUAUUGUAACCCCUAACCUUAACGCAGUAGUCAUUUUAACCCAAACCGCAAUGUUUCCCUAAUCUUAACAAAGUGCUUAUUUACUAACCAAGUAGUUUUUGUGCCUAAACCCAAUCAAACCUUAACCAUAGCAUUGUCACAUUAGAAAACAGAUUUAUUUUCCAAAAGUGAUGUGUAAAAUUUUGUAAGGCACUGACAGAUAAUGUUGACCUGCUGAUAGGGGUGAAAACCCUUUUAUGUGUGUAGAGGGCUUGGACAAACAACAUAUUUUGUCAUUUAAUUUGGAGGACUUGUGCUGUGAGUAUUCAUGGUCUCCAGAGGAUGAAGCCUAAUGCCUUUGGUGACUGUAGCUUUCUUCCACCACUCUGACAAAAUGUCCACUUGUACACAAGAAUAUUAUAAUAUAAUAACAAGACUUAAUUAAAAUGCAGGCUUGCUUUUCA